AUGGAGGAGAACAACAGCACCAUGUCAGAUUACAUCAUGAUUAACAACUACAGAGAAUCGAAGAAAAUGCUGUCUGAGUUGGAGGUACAUAUGACAAACUAUAGACAUUCAGUGAGGUUCACUAGAGGUGAAAUCAAUGAUGACUUACUUAAUUCUGUGGUUGGAAAAACUUGGGAUUUAGAUGAUACUGGUGUGACUUUUAAAAACUCAUUCGAAUAUGGAGAUAAAGUCAUAUUUGCUUUAGAGACUUUCAGUGAAGAUCGAUGUUACAUUAAUGAAUAUCAAUCUAAAUUUAUAGAACAAGUUAACGUAGAAGGUUCCAAAAUACAAAGAUUUAGUGUCUCCUCUACUAAUGACAUGUGUGUGGCUGAUAACGGUGAUGUUUAUUUCACUGACUAUCGUAACAAGUCAAUCAGCUGUCUGUCACCAUCAGGAUCUGUCUCUACAGUCGGUAGUACAGGUCCACUGACACCAAUAGGAAUCUGUCAGUCAGUGGACGGUGGACUAAUGGUCACCUUGAGAGAUAAGGAAUCAGAUCGAUACAAAUUACAGUCCCACAGCAGACGUCUAGUGAGACACACCACAGUGACUGGUGAUGUCAUCUAUGAAUAUGAGUACAAAGAAGACGGUCAAACCAGACUGUUUACCCGGCCAACCAGACUUACACAGAACAGUAACAGUGAUAUCUGUGUUGCGAACCAUAAAAGUCACUCUACAGGUGAAAUAGUGAUUAUGUCUCCCUCUGGUCAUGUGAAGUCUGUCUACCGUGGACAGAACCUGACAGAGGACUUUAGACUAAUUGAUGUAGUGUGUGAUUCCCUCUGUAACAUCCUUGUUACUGACCGUAAUAACAAACAGAUCCAUCUACUGUGUCAUGACGGGGAUUUCCUAAAAUUCUUACUGACAGAGAAUGAAGUGAACCACCCAAGCAGAUCAUCACUAUACAAGUGGUGGGAUUCUUUGAAGGACUUGUCAAAGUGUUUCAAAAUAGAUGACAAAACAUACGAAGUGCACAAAUAUUGA